CGCAUUACGCUAAUACGCUCUCGUUAACAAGUAUGCACAAGACGAACAAGGCGACUUACAAAUACUGUACAAACUUAUAUGUUACGGCCUGAAAAAACAGAGCAAGUAGCCGUGUUUUGUGAAUGGGGAGAUGGGGUGCUUCCCUAAUCAUAUCUUGCUUUGCCAGAUUAUCUUCUAAAUCUUUCCGAGUCUCUAACACAACAACGACUACCCCUUUAAUUCUUUUCAGUAAUAGUAGCCCAUUUCUUAUACAACCUUGUUGUAAUUUACAAGUACCCAGAUUUCAGUUUUACAAUUUCAGGUCAUUUUCUGCUGUCCCUUGUCCAACCCCUCUUUAUGAAGAUGAAUUUGAGGAAAAUGGGUGUGACCCAUCUCAUAAUCUUGAUUAUAAUGACCCAAUUAAAGAUCAAGACUUUGAAAAGAUCCCUGUCAGAGCUUUCUUUCUCUCUACUAGUAUUGAUUUGAAGAGCAUGCAGGCAGAACAUUUGAGUUAUAUUGUUCCUCCAAGCUCCCGCUCAUCAAAUUAUAUUGCUCUAAGAUUUUGCAAUUCUUCUAAAAAUUCUACGGGAGAGAAAGCGAGCUCAAGUCAAUUUAUGGUUGUAUACCAAUAUGGUUCUGCUGUUUUAUUCAACAUGGAGGAGCAUGAAGUUGAAUCUUACAUCGGAAUCAUCAAAAAGCAUGCUUCCGGAUUACUUAAUGAGAUGAGGAAAGAUGAUUAUGCUGUACAGGAGAAACCACACCUAUCUGAGGACAUGCAGGGAGGGGCAGACUACAUUGUUUUAAAAAGUCUGGACAUUGACAGUAUACGCAUUAUUGGUAGCGUGCUUGGACAAAGUAUUGCUCUGGAUUAUUUUGUUUCACAGGUUGACGGCAUGGUUGAAGAAUUUGCCGGAAUCAAUCGUGGGAUGGAGAAAACUGGUACUUUUACGAUGGAUAGGAAAAAGCUUUUUCAACUUGUGGGGAAGGCCAAUUCAAAUCUUGCCGAUGUUAUUCUCAGAGUCGGUCUUUUUGACAGAUCAGAGAUUGCUUGGAGAGAUGCAAAAUAUGCUCAAAUAUACGAAUACCUACGUGAGGAAUACGAGGUCACACAACGGUUUGGAAACCUCGACUUCAAACUGAAAUUUGUUGAGCACAACAUUCAUUUUCUUCAAGAAGUCUUGCAAAACCGGAAGUCCGACCUGCUGGAAUGGUGCAUUAUAGUAUUGCUGACUAUUGAGAAUGUUAUAGGAAUAUAUGAGAUUGUUCACGAAUCAACAGCAAUUGCAACAGUAUUUCCUCUCUGAAACAGAGAGAUCUGAAGAAAAGAAAUUAGUUGCGACAUAUAGGUAUUUAUUAGCUAGAAUAUGAUAAUAUCUCCUAUAUAUACUGGAUAUAGUUUAUUAUACCUAGUUUUUGAUAGUAAGUAGUACAGAUCAUAGUUUUGGGUUGUGCAUUUCCCAGAAAUGAACAUGUUACAAAUAAUUGUGAUGUGUAUAUUCUGCAGACCUCAAGUUGCGGAAUUUAACUUUUGUUUUUGAA